AUGGAAAAAAGUAGUGAUCCUUUGUUGGCUAACUUGAAUGCUUUUAAGAAUAAGGUUAAAUCAGCACCUGUACUUACGGUGGAUUCGGUAUCCAGUUCUGGUGUCAAGACUCCAAGUCCAAAGAAGAGACCUGCAUCUGAGAUGGAUGGGGAGGAUGAUGAUUUGAUAGAAGGGGAAAUGGUUUCUGUAAAGAAGGAGGAAGCAGUUGUAUUGAGUGAUGGAGAUGAGGAUGGGGAUACGAAUAAGAAUGAAGAUGAAAAGAAUAUAUUUGAGAUUGAUGAUGAUGACGAUUCUCCGAUGAAGAAAGUUCGUCCUGGUUCUUUGGCAGCUGCAGCCCUUCAGGCUAGUCAAUCGGAUAUCUCUAGAAGUCAUGAUUCUUCAAAACUGUUGUGGGCCACUGAAUAUAUUCAAAAGAAGGGGAAACCUGUGCUAUUGAACGAGUUGUUGGAUUACUUAUCGAUCACUAAGAAUGAUAAAAUCGUGGAAUUAUUGAAAAAACUAGAGAAAAUAGAAUUUGACUCUGCAAAGGGAAGCUUUAAAUACAUGUCUACUUAUGACGUUCAUUCAGCCCAAGAGUUGUUGAACUUGUUAAGAUCACAGGUCACUUUCAAAGGUAUCUCAUGUAGGGAACUGAAAGACGGUUGGCCACAGUGUGACGAGACUAUUAACGAAUUAGAAGAAGAAAGUAAAAUUCUGGUGUUGAGAACUAAGAAAGACAGAACCCCAAGAUAUGUAUGGUAUAAUAAUGGUGGUCUUUUAAAUCAUAUUGACGAAGAUUUUGUGAAAAUGUGGGAAAAUAUUCAAUUACCUCAAUUCUCAGAGUUGCCAAGAAAAUUGCAAGAUCUGGGUUUGAAGCCUGCAAGUGUGGACCCUGCUACUAUCAAAAGGCAAACAACAAAAAUCGACAUCAAAAAGAAAAAACAAAGAAGAGGGAAAAUUACAAAUACACAUAUGGCUGGUAUAUUGAAGGAUUAUUCUCACAGAGUAUAG